CCUCCCUCUUUGAUCACACAGAAUGGAACUUGUGAGCAAACAAGUUGACUCGGUGAUCGGCAAGCUGGCAUGUGAAUCAAGCUAUUCCUGGCAUAAGGAGUACGUACUCAUCGUGGUGGCUUCAAUGGAUUCCGUAUCGCCCAAUAUCUCCGUGGAACUUAUUUAGCGCCGUACGUUUAUGGUAUCUAUCAGUCUACUUAGAACCCACUUUGCUUCUUUAUCCAAGUCUCGCCUGUAGAAUCCACUUUCCCCAACAUGGACGAAGUCACAACCUACCUAGCUGUCUUUGCUAUGCUCUAUGUCUUGUGGUGCUACACUACAGCACCUCGAUAUCCACCUGGUCCUUAUCGCUGGCCAAUAAUUGGAAAUGCCUUUCAUAUUCCUACCGAAACACCCUGGCGCCAGUUUGCAGAGUGGGGGAAACAAUACGGCGACGUGAUCUAUCUUCGUGUUUUUGGCCGCUCUAUCCUAGUACUCAACUCUUUGGAAGCCAUCACAGACUUGUGUGAACAGAGAUCUAGUAUUUACUCGGACAAAAGUCGGAGGGUCAUGGGCGAAAUGAGUGGCUUUGGGCGUAUUUUAGCCUCGAGACUCAACGACGACGAUGUCAGGGAGACCAGGAAGCUUCUGAACAGCGAGUUCGGACCUCGGGCAGUUAAAAGACACUCUGGUAUCUUAGAAGACAAUGCGCGCCGCCUUUGUCGAUCGAAUAUUGAUCACCCAGAAGCAUUUCGGAAUAAUAUACGAAGAAUGGCUGUCGCAAACAUCAUGCGCAUAGCGUACGGCUAUGUUGUCGCUGACGACGUGGAAGCAGACGAGUUGGUUAUCCUAGCCACUCAGGUAAUGCGUGACGUCAGCGCAGCAUUAGCCCCCAACAAGUAUUUUGUCAAUGCAAUUCCACUCCUGAGGUACAUACCGGCCUUCAUGCCUGGCGCUUCCUUCAAGAGAAAAGCUGCAAAAUCUCGGGAAACAUUCGAUCUUUUCUUGAGGAAACCUUUUGAAGUUGUAUUGAAUCAAGUAAAAUCUGGAACUGCCCUGCCUUCACUUUUAGCCAAUGCCCUUGAGAAAAACGGCCUCGAAAACAGUAUGUCCGACACUACUUAUCUAAACCGUCUGAAAGACGCCGGAGCGGAAGUCUACGGUGCGGGAACUGAUACAAACGUCAGCCUCAUCACGUCUUUUUACUUGGCAAUGGUCCUUUAUCCAGAUGUUCAACGACGGGCGCAGGAAGAGAUAUCAGCAGUCAUCGGAGACGAGCGGCUACCUAAACUAUCAGAUCGCGAAUCUUUACCAUACGUGUAUGCUCUUGUUCAAGAAAUAUUCCGCUGGAAUCCGUCAGUUCCCUCCGUGACUCGCGCCAUUUUGGUACCGGACGUCUACCACGGAUUCGAUAUUCCUGCUGGCACUAUGGUCGUUGCAAAUGCUUGGGCUAUCACGCGAAACGAAAGCCUAUUUCCUGAUCCUGAAACGUUCAAUCCAGAGCGUCAUUUGAAUCGGGACAAGGAGGUUGAAAUUCCCGAACCGACGAGUCUGGCUUUUGGUUUUGGCCGCAGAUCUUGCCCCGGGUCCUACCUUGCAGUCGAUACUGUAUGGACAGCUGUCGCAAUGACAUUGGCAACUUGCACCAUUUCCCCUGAGCUUGACGCUGAAGGAAAAACCAUCCUUCCCGAAGUCAGAUAUACGAGUGGAGCCUUCAGCCAUCCGUAUCCGUUCAGUUGUCGAAUUCACCGCCGUUCCGAAAGUGUCUCUGAGCUACUAGAUCUCUAAUGAACGUCGCUUUUAGUGCUAACAUGGGUUCCGAAACGGAGUCUACACUUGUAAAUACUAAUUAUCAAAGCAACCGCUAUUUCUGAAUGCUAUAGAUUCGUAUAACAUGGUAUUCUUAGCCUAAACAGGAGCA